AAAAAAAAAAAAAACAAAGCAAAAAAGUUACAUUUUGCAUAGUAGACUCUUAGGCGCCGCACACAAAAAGCAAAAACAAAACAACAACAACAACAUCCAUCUGACAUCACAUCGCCAACCACCCUCCACCACGAACCACAUGAGCCUAAACAAGAUCAAGAAGCGAGACUCGAGUGACUUAUGACUGAUGCGCUCCAAGUCAAAGGGGGCUGGGGCCGCGGGCGGGGGCGGUGGCCAUCAUGCCAGCGGGAGCCGUUACAAGGUGACGGCCCAACGCUGUGCGGUGCCAGAAGUGAACAUCACGUCGCCAACGAGCGGCGUUAGCCAUCCUCGUCAUGAGAUCACCUUUCAAGUCCAGAACAAUGCUCAAGCUCAAGCCAAACACUUUGCUCUGCUACGCAGUCGAUCACAGCCGACGUCUAAUACGAUUUUCUCGCCAGGCUUUGGCGUUGGCAACGCCACUCUGGUCGAGGAGGAGGAUUUCAGCUUGACAGCGGCGGCAGCCGGUGGAAGUAAGAGCGUCCUGCAGCGCCAGGAGGAGCACGAGGAAAUCGAACCGGACCAGAAGCAUCCCCUGGACACCUCGGACCCAGGUGAACCUCCCAACGAGCUGACCCCCCUGGUGGAGGAGCCCAGUGACGCCGCCCUUGUCCAGUCAUCCGCAAUCACAGCAUCCAGCACAACAACGACCAAUCGAUAUAGCCACAACUCAAAGACCACACGAUCCUGGCCAGUCAUUUAUCGCAAUCCCCAUCACUGUGACUACGAGGCACUCUACGUCCAGCAGCAGCAGCAGCCCCAACAGAACUUGCAGUCCUUUAAACAGAACUGCUACUCAAAUCAAUUCAAGCAGUCGAUCGUCUACUCCAGCAGCAAUGAGGAUUUGCCACCUCCGUCUGGGGGGGAACAGGUAACCGAACCGCGUCAAACCACAUGCUAUUAUUUCGCCCCAAGCCGGCAUAAUAGUAUUUAUGAGCAUCCCUCCUCUGUGGUCGGAGGUUCCUUGCAAUUUGAAUCUGCCGCCACAACUGCAGCUGCUGCAGCCGCCGUUGAGAGCCUGAGACGGAGUAAUAGUAUUCUACUGCGUCAGAACAGUUGUGCCAAGGUCAUUCAACGACGGGGCAGUGGGAGUGGCGCAGGUUCCCCAACUUCACUUGGCUCACACAUGGAAGGACUCGGCAUGGGCAGUGCUGCUGGAGCCAGUGCCUGCUGUUCCAGCUGCUGUAUGGGCCCCCCUCCGGUGCUUUUCCUUUUUGUGACUCUGCUGAUGACAACGAGUGCCACGGCCAUGUUGUGUGCCGCGAUUAUGACUGACCAUUGGGAGCAUGUUACGUGGGAUCGAAAUAGUUUGGACCGCUAUUCGAAUCGAUCAGGAUUGCAUUUGGAAUGGCUGCUGGACGAACAAGUGGCCAUGCUUAAGCCCGACAAAAGGGCCGAUCAUCGAUUUCGCCGUGAUUCAGUAUUCUUGGUGCCGAUGCAUGGUGGAAUUUGGACACUGUGCAUAGACUUGAACAUGCAGCAGCUACAGGAACUGCGACGCAAUCCCAAAUUUCCGCGUGGGGCACCACCAUGCGUUAACUAUUUGGCCGGUUCCAUGGAGAAUGCACGCGGGGAGGAACAGCGAAACGAUUGGCAGCACAGUGAGUCACAGGUCACACUGCAGCCGCAUCUGAGAAUGCAGAAUCUCUCCAUAUCCUGCUCAUUGGUAUGCCUCAUUAUUUUGGGAAGUGCGGCAUUGGUCGGAGCUUUUGGAGUAUGCCAAAGGCAGAUCAGCGCCAUUUUGAUCACAGGAGUAAUGUAUCUCCUUGCUGCAUUGUUUGCCCUGUUUACGCUUAUGAUCAUCCAUUUUAAGCGACAGCAGGGACGCCCCAUGCUGGACAGCGAUUACGAUGGCACUGUGGAUGGCAUAGUGGCGCGUCCUGGCGGCGUUGCGAUAAUGGCCAAACCCCUCUUGGGAGCACGCAUUUUCCUUACUUCAUGGAGUCUGGAUUUGGGAUGGGGUGGAGUCGUACUGUGCGCCAUUACUUCGGUACUCUGGAUCCUUCUGUCAAAGAUCAUGCGCUACAAUCCGUUUUCGGCUCUCAUGAUUUAGCUAAACGCCCUGCCGCUCGGCGGCGGUUUCGGAUAUGCCAGCUACGGAAGCUAUGGCAGUACUACUAGC